UUAUAUAAAUACGUUAUUAGCAUAAAUCGUUCUGAACAGUCUGAAAUGGAGGCCCGAACAGGACGGAUCGUUAGCUUGCACCUGGCUGGACUGCUUCUGCUGAUGAUAGAUGCUGCUUGUGGGAGAGCUCAGUAUGCAUCACCUAAUGGCAAUGAUUAUGCAACGAAUUCCUAUGCCCAGCCAUACCAACCCGGAGAAGUGCAGUCUAUAUGGUCGGGUGCCCCGAUUAUAGUCAAUGACAAUGCCUUUGGGGCUCAGGACCAGAUCCAGCAGCCCUUUUCGGGCUUCAACGAGUACUAUGACGGAGAAACCUUCAGGCGCCCCUAUCCCAACUGGCGGAGGGAAGAACGGGACGAGUGGCCAACUACACGAGCUCCCAAUCACAAUUACUACAAUGUGCCCGGCUACUUCCACUACCAACAACCGCAACAGCCAUAUCCCCCGGCCAAUUCCGAACUAGAUUCCAGCGACUCCCGUCGUGAGGAGGAGCAAGUGGUUCAAAUCGGCGGCAGUCGCUCUCUGGCCACAAACAACUACCAAAAUAUUUACCCAAACAGCGGUGGUAACUACUUUGAGCCCGCCCAGCCCUGGCGGCGACGGAAUUAUGAGGCCAAAUAUGCCCAGCAUUUUGCCAACUAUUUGCGGAAGUAUCCCCAACGACUUCAGCCAGUUUACCAAACCGGCGAGGACUUUGUUGAAAAGUAAUGGACUCCGCUCUUAUCUGACCUGCACAAUUUAAACCCUUGAGAGCCAUUCAACUUUUGGCUAAAAUAGUGCCAAGAAAUUAGGUUUUAUUUCUUUGUAAUAUUUGUAGUACUCUACUCCAAUUACUCCCAUUACUAAUAUAAUUCUACAUUUGUUAUCUAUGUAUUAAAUUAGGUUUAAAAUAAAUAAGCUAACUAAAAAUGUGUUAAAAACAA